CCCGCGCGCGAAAGUCCGCGCGUGCAUCUGUACGUGUGCGUGCGUGUGUGUGCGUGCGUGUGUGUGUGUGUGUGUGUGCAUUCAUGUGCGAAUGUCUCUCUCUCAGACUACCAUAACCUCGACAGUCGUGUUUGCUGUUGCUACCUGCCUCAAACUCUUACUGAUACCAUCAUAUCACUCUACAGACUUUGAAGUGCACAGAAAUUGGUUGGCACUGACACAUUCGUUGCCACCUUCUGAAUGGUACUAUGAGGAAACAUCAAAGUGGACACUGGACUACCCUCCUUUCUUUGCAUGGUUUGAGUGGGUGUUGUCUUGGCUUGCUGCUGUGGCAGAUCCAAACAUAGUGAAAAUUGACAACCUUGAUUAUGGAGCUCCAUCUUGCGUCCUUUUCCAGAGAAUAUCUGUGAUAAUGAGCGACUUAGUACUGCUUUAUGCAGUAAUUCAGUAAGCAAAUUGACUCAGAAAUAAGAAUCAGGCUCUUCUUCCUCUUUGCACACUUAAGUAGUGUGCAUAUGAGGGUAAGCGUUUAGGCUGAAGUAUGUGUGAAAGGGGUUCAUCUAUGCACUAAACGGUCGUGCUUCAAAAUCAUAUUCUCUAGGUACUGUAAAUGGAAGAAAUUUGAUGGGGACCUGCAAUCUUUUGUAAUAUCAGCACUGGUGCUACUGAACACUGGGUUGCUUUUGGUAGAUCGUAUCCUGCCCUGCAAAAAAUUGUCAUAACAGUAGCAUACAAGAUACAUACCUUAACUCUGGAUGUCAGAUAUUCACUUCCAAUACAAUGGGUUUCUCUAUGGCAUCUUACUAUUGUCUAUUGUGAAGAUGUUGCAGCAAAAGCAUGUACAGGCAGCUGGACUGUUUGCAUUGCUCCUCAAUCUAAAGCACAUCUACAUUUACGUGGCUCCAGCUUUCUUCGUUUAUCUUCUCAAGCACCACUGCUUUUCAUCAACUACCAGUGGUUCGACUCGGCGUUUUUUACAUGUCAAAUUUAUUGAGCUUGCAGCAGUUGUUGUGUGUAUAUUUACAUUGAGCUUUGGACCGUUCAUUUAUUACGGUCAGUUAUCACAAGUACUAUCCCGGCUUUUUCCUUUCAAGCGUGGCUUAUGUCAUGCCUACUGGGCUCCCAACUUCUGGACUUUGUACAGUGCAUUGGAUAUACUCUUAGCAACCAUUGGUUUUUCACCGGGGGAGGGUGGUAGUAUGACAUCAGGUAUUGUUGGUGAAAUGAAACUUCAAGUUCUACCUUCCAUCCCACCUGUUCUAACUUUGAUACUCACUGCAACUGCUACAAUGCCCUCUUUGAUGAAACUAUGGAAGAAACACAACACGUGUGGUUUAGACUUUCUUCAUUGUCUUAUUUUGUGUGGAUAUGCUUCAUUCAUGUUUGGAUGGCAUGUUCAUGAAAAAGCCAUAAUGAUGGUAACAAUGCCGAUGUGUUUAUUAGCAAUGGAAGAUGGUAGGCUUUGGAGAAUAUUCACCAUUUUAUCAACAGCUGCGCAUAUUUCACUUUUCCCUUUACUCUUCAACACUGCAGAAAAAUUAAUCAAAGUCUUCCUUUUUGUGCCGUACAUCAUGAUGGCCCUUACUUCCUCUACGCUGCUAAAAGGGAACCAUCUUCUGCAGUGGGAGCUGAAAUCACUAGAUGUUGUUUAUACAGCCGGCUGUGUUCUGGUUCAGAUAUACUGUCUAUUCAUUCAUGGAGUGGGAGGAUAUCUGAGCUAUCUUGAAUUCUUACCACUGUUAUUCACAUCAGUUACAUGUGCAUUAGGGGUAACAUGGACGUGGUUUCUCACCAUAACACUUUAUUUAGCAACAUGAAACUCUGUCAAACAAUAAUGUGAUGUAUGCAGCAUAAUUAAGCAGUCAUGUCACAUUAGGCACAUUCAAAUUCCCGAUAUCGUUGUUGAAGUCUGACUUUAGAAAGGUUUUUGCCAGCUGAGUUAUAAUUUUCGUAAGCAACCUCAGCAGCAGGCAAGCAUUUACAUCCAAAUUCAUGACAUACUUCAGGUCUCCAGAACAGCAUUAAUAAUUGGUCACCCUUCACAAUGGAGAGACGUUUUAAACCACACACUCUUUUUUCGAGUAAAGAGGGCGGCUUGCAAACACGAAGACCCUUGAAUGCAGUGAAGUAUAAUGCAGUAUUUCUGCUUGAAAGCUGUAGUGGAGGAGCGUGUGCUGCAAGAAGUAAUGCAAAAAAUAGCAAAACUACCGUUUUGCAGCACCACAUCGUAGACGCUUAUCGACUGCUUUCCAGGCUGGCUC